GGACAUGAUUGCGUUGACGAGGGGCAAGGAGAAAUAAACGUCUGUACGAUGUAACAGCUUCGUGAGACGAUUUAGUUGCGUUUCUAUCAUCUGUUAAUUGAAACAUCACGCGUGACGAGAAGAAAAAAGAACUUUACGAUGAAGUUUCUCAUCAUAUUUCUCGUAUUGUCCGGCGCGCGGAUAAUCAGUUCGUGGACCUACUUUUCAAAUUGCAACAAAUUGGUCAGCUACAAGGCGUCUCGUUACGUGCCAUACAGCGAGACAUAUCGGGUCAGCAAAUGGGGUAUCUUUUACGAAACGAAAGUACGAUGGAAUUACAGGGUAGAGUAUUACACCGCGUAUCGUACAGAGAAAGCUUGUUGCACAAAUUUUAAACUGACAGAAGAGGGUGAGUGUGAACCUAUUUGCGAUCCUGAAUGCGUGAACGCUAAAUGCACCGAGCCCGGCACGUGCUUAUGUUACGUGGAUUACACCAAGUCCGAGACACAAGAUCACGUUUGUGAACCGAUCUGUCCAAACUGCGUUCACGGAACGUGCAAAACACCGUAUGUUUGCACUUGUGACAAAGGAUACCGGAUGAACAAGGACGAGACUAUUUGCGAACCAAUUUGCGACAUGGACUGCACAAAAGGACACGCGUAUUGCUCGCGUCCAAACGUAUGCACCUGUGACGAUGGCUACACUCCUAUAUCCAAGUAUAUAGUCUCAGAGGAUAAAAUAUGCAAACCCGUCUGCGACGUCGAUUGCGUGAACAGCGAUUGCGUCGAACCGAAUGUUUGCGCUUGUCACGAUGGCUACGAAAUGGAUCCUGACAAUAAGUUCACCUGCAAACCUAUAUGCCCGAGUACUUGUGUAUGGGGUACUUGCGAAACACCAUUUACAUGCACCUGCAAUCCAGGUUACCGAGCUGACAAUGUUCUUGGGGUCGUACUGUGCAAACCGAUCUGCAGUGAGCCAUGUGUGGAGGGUAAAUGCAUAGCACCCGAGACUUGUGCUUGUUACGAGGGUUACGGUCUACUAGAAGAUUCGAAAUAUGUUUGCAAACCGAUUUGUGAGAAAGCUUGCGUGAAUGGAACAUGCACAGCUCCUGGAGUUUGUUCUUGCAACGAGGGUUUCCGAUUGAGCGGAGACGAGACGAUGAAACACGUCUGCGAACCUUACUGCCAGGUCCCCUGUGAACCGUACGGACAAUGCACAGCGCCUGAUACUUGCACCUGCUUCGAGGGGUACCAACUUGGUUACAAAAAUCAAGAUUCCGAAGGUUUCAAAUACUUUGCUAUGAACUCAACCUGCGUGCCGAUCUGCGAGCAAACCUGCGUCCACGGCUAUUGCAGCGAACCAGGGGUCUGCACUUGCCAGCCAGGAUAUAAAAAAUCUGCAUACGAUCUAAACAUUUGCGAACCCAUCUGCGAGAAGGAAUGCGUGAACGGUUACUGCAGCGGUCCAAACACAUGCAUUUGCGAUCCAGGCUAUCAAUCACUAUCCAGAGACUUAAAUCAUCAGUGUGUACCCGUUUGUGACAUGCCUUGUAAGAACGGUUUCUGUUUUGCGCCCAACUCUUGUAGCUGCAACAGUGGCUACGAAUUGAACCCGAACGAUCAAUUCGUUUGCGAACCAGUAUGCCACAAUGGGUGCCCAUUUGGAACUUGUACUGCACCAAACAUUUGCACUUGCAACAAAGGAUAUUCAUUAGAAAACACGGGAGUCUGUGAACCCGUCUGCGAGGAACCCUGCGUGAACGGUUAUUGCAUUGCUCCGGAUUUGUGCAGUUGCAAUUCAGGCUACCAACUAUCGAAGAAUCAUACAAACGUUUGUGAACCGAUCUGCGAACAAAGUUGCAUCAAUGCAUACUGCAGCGAACCAAACAAAUGUAAAUGCCAAUUAGGGUAUCAAUCGUUGAAGAAUGAUUCCAACGUUUGUGAACCGAUCUGCGAGCAAAGGUGCAUAAAUGCAUUCUGCAAUGCACCGAACAAAUGCGAAUGCAAUGAAGGCUAUCAAUCGUCGAAAGAUGAUUCUAACGUUUGUGAACCGAUCUGCGAGCAAAAGUGCAUAAAUGCAUUCUGCAAUGCGCCGAACAAAUGCGAGUGCAACGAAGGCUAUCAAUCGUCGCAGGGUAAUUCGAACGUUUGUGACCCAAUCUGCGAACAAAAUUGCAUCAAUGCAUACUGCAGCGAACCGAAUAAAUGCGAGUGCAAUCAAGGCUAUCAAUCGUCGAUGAAUGAUUCCAACAUUUGUGAACCGAUCUGCGAGCAAAAGUGCAUAAACGCAUUCUGCGAUGCACCGAACCAGUGCAGCUGCAACGAUGGCUAUCAACCGUCGAAGAAUGAUUCUCACGUUUGUGAACCGAUCUGCGAGCAAAAGUGCAUAAAUGCAUUCUGCAAUGCACCGAACCAGUGCAGCUGCAACGAUGGCUACGUAUACGCAUUUUCCGAAGAGUCGUAUUAUGAACCUUGUACUGAUCCAAAUCGUAACAACUGCACGGAAAAUGCAUACACCUGUGUGCCCAUCUGCGACAUCAAUUGUGGAAACGGUAACUGCACCUCUCCAAACGUGUGCACUUGUCACGAGGGUUACGAAAACGACGAGAGAGGAAGUUGCAUACCUUUCUGCAGCUCGUGCAAAAAUGGAAGCUGCGUUGCGCCUGAGUACUGCGAAUGCAACGAAGGCUACGUCCACAAAAUGGAAAAUCGAAGCGUCUGCGAACCUUUCUGCGAAGAAUGCGAGAACGGUGAAUGCGUUGCACCAGGUGACUGCAAAUGCAACGUUGGUUUUAUCAAAGAGAUGGAUAACACGGUUGAAAAUGGCGGCAAGCUGGGCUGCAUCAGCAUUUGCGAAAGUAAUUGCACCGGUCAUGGGACUUGCAACCUGGAGAACAGAACCUGCGAUUGUUAUUUCGGUUGGAAUGGGUUGGACUGCGAGGAACCAUCGUUCUGUAUCCUAGAAAUGGAUAAUGAUACAGAGUACCUAAAUAUGACCGUCGUGGAUCAUGUGAACAAAACGAUAGAUUACGUGUUCGCGAGCAGCCCAUUAUGCACCUACAGUUGUUUCAAAGAAAUCAGUAACGAAAGUUUAUGCUUUGGAAAAUAUAGGAGCGAUAACGCCGAAAAUGACACGAUUGCGUGUCUAAUCAGCACAGAUUUAGGCUGCCAUGCGGUACAUGCAGAACGUGUAAGUAAAUUGAAUUAUGUUACCGUAAUUGGAAUAGUUGGAGUAGCAACGAUCUCGACGGCCAGCGUCGCGACGAUUUACUUGCUAAUUCGAAAACACCGGAAACGAAGAUUUUCACUGGAUUACACGCAGAAAACAUGUGCAAUUUACAAAUAUUCUAACAAAACAUGUGUUGAAGAGCUACAAAUUCUCAUAUCUGGCAUCCUGUCUUGCUCGGAUAACGCGAAGCACAUAAUUGGAGGGAGACAGAUAUUUAUACAAAAUGAUGUGCCCAACUAUCGUCAGUUUGCCACCGUUUGUGCGCGAAGACAAGAAGAAACAAUCAUGCAAUUCGUUGUCGGUUGUAUCAUCCUUCUAAACGUGGUCCUUCUGAACGGGUCCUUUCUAUCGAACAGAAAAUACGAUCCGACAAAGUGCGACAUAUCUGUCAGUGAAAAGGUACCCGUACGAGUACCCUAUGUGGAAACCUACAAGGCUCGACUUUGGGGACUUUUCUAUAAGAUUAAGAUGCGUCUCAACUAUAGGACCGAAUAUAAAGUCAUUUGGAAAACGGAGACAAGAUGCUGCAACGGUUACGAAGAAUCGAACUACGUUUCCUGUGUACCGCAUUGCUCAUCGGGCUGCGAACACGGUGUUUGCGUAAAACCUGAGACGUGCAAAUGCGACGAAGGAUAUCAAUUGUCCCAUUUCGAGUCACAGUGCGAGCCGGAUUGUCACAGAAAUUGUGUGAAAAGUAGGCACGCUUAUUGCGAGGCGCCAAACGUCUGCAUUUGCGAAUCAGGCUACGAGAUAGCCGAUUCAAGGGAGGAAACCUUUAAUUGCACACCGAUCUGCAGAAAACCGUGCCAGAAUGGCAAAUGCACGGCACCGGACGUAUGCACCUGCAACGACGGCUAUCGAUUGAUCUAUGACGAUUCGCACUGCGAGCCGAUCUGUCACGAGAAUUGCAAUAAAAGUAAUCACGCUUAUUGCAAAUCGCCACACGUCUGUGUUUGCGAAUCAGGCUACCAGCUAGCCGAUCCGAAGAACUCGACCUCCGCUUGUAUACCGAUCUGCAAGGAACCAUGCGAGAACGGUAAAUGCACCGCGCCGAACGUUUGCAUCUGCAACAACGGCUACGUGAACAACGGCGACGGAUGUGUACCGAAAUGCACACAGAACUGUCUGUUUGGCACUUGCACGGCACCAAACACCUGCACCUGUAACCCGGGCUAUCGAGCGAACGAGAAGAACGUCUGCGAACCGAUCUGCAGUGAACCUUGCGUGAAGGGUAAAUGCAUCGCGCCUGAAAGCUGCAGCUGCGACGAUGGCUACGGACUGUUGAACUCCUCGAAAUAUAACUGCCAACCGAUCUGCGAGAAAGCUUGCGUGAACGGCGUGUGUACAACUCCAGAAGUCUGCACCUGCAACGAUGGCUACUGGUUCAACGGGCCGGAGGAAGAGAAACACGUGUGCAAGCCCUUCUGCAGGAAUCUCUGCGAACCUUACGGAACCUGUAUCGCGCCGGACACUUGCAGUUGCUUCGAUGGAUACCGAGCGAUCGAGCCAAUCGAGAACGACAUACCUGACAACACCACGAGAGAACAAGUGCCAGCCUGCGAGCCGAUCUGCAUUCAGAAAUGCAUCAACGGGAAAUGCAUCGAGCCAAACGUUUGCCAGUGCAACCCCGGUUAUCGUCCGACGACGAAUAACGAUUCCAGCACCUGUGAACCCGUCUGUCAGACACCCUGCGGAUCGAACAGUACCUGCACCGAGCCUAACGUUUGCACCUGUUAUCCAGGAUACGGGCCAACGAUGAACGAUGUCGGAAAUAAUUGCGAACCGAUUUGCGAGACCAGUUGCGCUUCGAACAGCAGCUGCACUUCUCCUAAUGUUUGCACUUGCAACGAAGGCUAUCUGCAAGACGAGAAAGGUCUUUGCAAACCGUUUUGCUCGUCUUGUAACAAUGGCACCUGCGUCGAGCCGAACGUCUGCCAAUGUUUGGAGGGUUUCGUUCGCACGAAUAAUACCAUUUGCGUGCCGUACUGCGAGAAUAACUGUGAAAACGGAGAUUGCUUGGGACCGAACGAGUGUCGAUGUCACGAUGGAUUCGAGAUGUCUCGGGACAACAACAGCUGCGUGAAAUCUUGUAGACGAGUUUGCAAUGGUUACAGUGUUUGCGUGGGCGACGGUUGUGAGUGUUCUUACGGUUGGUCGGGACCCGAUUGCGACCUGCCUACCGUUUGUAUCCUUUUGAUGGAUCCCAGUGAUAAAAGUCUAGAUGGAUUCACUGUUCACAACGCGACGAAUAAUACUCUAAUGGAUGCUCGACAUUAUGCACCACAGUGUUAUCGGUGUAAUCAUGCAAAUGGUAAUAGAAGUUUAUGCUUCGUCGUUCCAUCUGGCAAUCGUUCGUCCUCGGUUGGUUGUUUCAUCGAAAUGGAGUCACCGUGCUAUCUGGCAUUUCAAAGCAACAACAAGAACUCAGUCUCCACGAUGGCUGACACUUUAGCAGUGGUCACGAUUAUAAUCGUGACAGGUGCAACAAUGGCAACGUACAUUCUGAUUCGUAGACAUCGGAAGAAAAAGAUGGAAGAAGUUAUUGCUCAGAGUACAAUAUUCCGAGGAUCUACCUCUAGCCAAUGCUUAUUACCCGAAGGGACUGCUUCUGUCCACUAACGAUAAGUUGCAAGAUUUGUAAUCGAAUACACAAUUAGAUUUUGUACAACAAUCUCGCCCACCCUGUCGUCGAUACUCGUAUCCUAUAGCAACGUCGAACGAAGCCAAAUGACUUCUUCCAAUACGAUACACAAACCUCCAUUACCCCUUCUACCCUCUUACAGUAUCGUUGCGACUUCCUAAAAAGACCUUCGUACAAAUCGAGAAUAGAGUCCUUGCAGUAAAUUAA